AUGAAGAUCGGCUCCGACUACUCUCCCCCUCCCCCCCUGCCUCGGCCUCCUCCCCCCGGCCUGACAAAUGAGCACAGCGGCGGUGGCAGCCAUGGUGACCACGGUGGCGGAGGGGGCGGGGUCAAUCACGGGGUGGGCGUGGUGGGCCUGGCUCCGGAGCACAUGGCCACUCCGGGGGCGGCCCUGAGCUGGCAGGCGGCCAUCGACGCUGCACGGCAGGCAAAGGCGAUGGGCAAUGCCGUGUCGACCCAAGCGGGGCUUGGGUCGGGAGGCGGCGGGCCCAUCUCCACGGCUAGCUCCACGCAACGGAAGAGACAACACUAUAGCUCCAAGCCCAAGAAACAGACAACGACGACAGCCACAAGGCCGCCACGGGCCCUACUCUGUCUUACGCUCAAGAACCCCAUCCGCAGGGCCUGCAUCAGCAUCGUAGAGUGGAAACCAUUUGAGAUCAUCAUCCUGAUGACCAUUUUCGCCAACUGUGUGGCCUUAGCCGUCUACAUCCCCUUCCCUGAGGAUGACUCGAACGCCACCAACUCCAACCUGGAGCGUGUGGAGUAUCUGUUCCUCAUCAUUUUCACAGUGGAGGCGUUCCUGAAGGUAAUAGCCUAUGGCCUGCUCUUCCACCCCAAUGCGUACCUGAGGAAUGGCUGGAAUCUGCUCGACUUCAUCAUUGUAGUUGUAGGGUUAUUCAGCGCCAUCUUGGAGCAGGCCACCAAGGGGGACGGGGCCACUCCCAUCGGAGGGAAAGCAGCGGGCUUCGAUGUCAAGGCUCUGAGGGCAUUUAGAGUACUCAGACCCCUCAGACUGGUGUCUGGAGUGCCAAGUUUACAGGUAGUGUUGAACUCCAUAAUCAAAGCCAUGGUUCCUCUGCUCCAUAUCGCCCUGCUGGUCCUCUUUGUCAUCAUCAUCUAUGCCAUCAUCGGCCUGGAGCUCUUCAUGGGCAAGAUGCACAAGACCUGCGCUCAUGAGCAUAUAGGCACCAUCGCAGAGGAGAAGCCUGCACCAUGUGCACCUGCCGGCGCUUAUGGUCGACACUGUAGUCAGAACGGAACAGAGUGCAAAGUGGGAUGGGAGGGCCCAAACGACGGCAUUACCAACUUCGACAACUUUGCCUUUGCUAUGUUAACGGUGUUCCAGUGUAUAACCAUGGAAGGCUGGACGGACGUGCUAUACUGGAUGCAGGAUGCUAUGGGCUAUGAGCUGCCGUGGGUCUAUUUUGUCUCUCUCGUCAUCUUCGGCUCCUUUUUCGUUCUCAAUCUCGUUCUGGGGGUGUUGAGCGGAGAGUUUUCCAAGGAGAGGGAGAAAGCCAAGGCUCGCGGUGACUUCCAGAAACUCAGAGAAAAACAGCAACUGGAGGAGGACCUCAAGGGCUAUUUAGACUGGAUCACUCAGGCUGAAGACAUUGACCCAGAGAAUGAGGAGGAGGGCAUGGAUGAUGAUAAACCCAGAAAUCUGAGCAUGCCAGCCAGUGAGAAUGAAUCAGUCAACACAGACAAUGCCCCCGGGGGAGACGUGGAGGGUGAGACCUGCUGUACCCGGCUAGCAAAUAGGAUCUCCAAAUCCAAGUUCAGCCGCUACUCUCGAAGGUGGAACAGGCUAUGCAGAAGAAAGUGCCGGGCGGCGGUCAAAUCUCAACUUUUCUAUUGGCUGGUCAUCUUCCUGGUUUUCCUCAACACACUCACCAUCGCCUCUGAACAUCACCAGCAGCCUCAGUGGUUAACGGAAGUACAGGACAUAGCCAAUAAGGUGUUGCUAGCACUCUUCACUGGUGAGAUGCUGUUGAAGAUGUACAGUCUGGGCCUACAGGCGUACUUCGUUUCGCUCUUUAACCGCUUUGACAGCUUUGUAGUAUGUGGAGGAAUCCUGGAGACCAUUCUGGUGGAGACCAAGGUCAUGUCUCCUCUCGGCAUCUCUGUGUUACGUUGUGUGCGCUUGCUACGGAUCUUCAAAAUAACAAGAUACUGGAACUCACUGUCCAACCUGGUGGCCUCCCUGCUAAACUCUGUCCGCUCCAUCGCUUCGCUGUUGCUCCUGCUCUUCCUCUUCAUCAUCAUCUUCUCCCUGCUCGGCAUGCAGCUCUUUGGGGGGAAAUUCAACUUCGACGAGACCAGACGCAGCACCUUCGACAACUUUCCCCAGUCUCUGCUCACCGUGUUUCAGAUCCUAACAGGAGAGGACUGGAACUCUGUAAUGUACGAUGGCAUCAUGGCGUAUGGCGGACCGUCCUUCCCUGGCAUGCUGGUCUGCAUCUACUUCAUCAUCCUCUUCAUCUGCGGAAACUAUAUCCUGCUGAAUGUCUUCUUGGCCAUCGCUGUCGACAAUCUGGCAGACGCUGAGAGCCUGACAUCUGCCCAGAAAGAAGAGGAGGAGGAGAAGGAGAGGAAGAAACUAGCCAGGCUCGCCAGUCCAGAGAAACGCCACAAUAACGAGAAGCCGCCUCUGAAGGAGGAGAAGAAGAAGAAGAAGAAGGAGAAAAUAGAGCUGAAGUCCAUCACUUCAGAUGGAGAGACCAACACCGCUACUAAGAUCAACAUGGAUGACUACAUUGGAGAUGAGACUGAAGAGAAGAAUCCAUAUCCUGCAAACGAUUACAUAGGUGACGAGGAUGACGAGGAGCCAGAGAUGCCGGUGGGGCCGAGGCCGCGUCCACUUUCCGACGUUCAGCUGAAGGAGAAGGCCAUUCCCAUGCCUGAGGCUCGUGCUUUCUUCAUCUUCAGCCACACCAACAAAUUCAGGGUUCUGUGCCAUAAGAUCGUCAACCACAACAUCUUCACCAACCUCAUCCUCUUCUUCAUCCUGCUCAGCAGCAUCAGUCUGGCAGCGGAGGACCCGGUCAAGAACGACUCUUUCAGAAACCAGAUCUUGGGCUAUGCAGAUCAUGUCUUCACUGGACUCUUCACCAUAGAGAUCAUUCUUAAGAUGACAGCGUAUGGAGCCUUCGUCCACAAAGGUUCAUUCUGUAGAAACUAUUUUAACAUUCUGGACCUGGUGGUGGUCAGUGUGUCCCUCAUCUCCUCUGGAAUACAGUCCAGUGCCAUUAAUGUGGUGAAGAUCCUGAGAGUUCUGCGAGUGCUCAGACCCCUGAGAGCCAUCAACAGAGCCAAGGGCCUAAAGCACGUGGUGCAGUGCGUGUUUGUUGCCAUCAGGACCAUCGGCAACAUCGUCAUCGUCACCACGCUGCUCCAGUUCAUGUUUGCCUGUAUUGGAGUACAACUUUUUAAGGGCAAGUUCUUCUUUUGUUCAGACAGCUCGAAACAGAAUCAGGCAGAUUGCAGAGGUUCCUACAUCAUGUAUAAGGACGGAGAUGUGGGGAAGCCUGAAAGAGCCCACAGACUGUGGGAGAACAGUGACUUUAACUUUGAUGACGUCCUGCAAGGCAUGAUGGCUCUGUUUGCUGUGUCUACCUUUGAGGGCUGGCCAGGGUUACUGUACCGGGCCAUAGACUCUCACGCCGAGGAUGUCGGACCCGUUUACAACUACCGCGUGGUUAUCUCCAUCUUCUUCAUCAUCUACAUUAUCAUCAUUGCCUUCUUCAUGAUGAACAUCUUCGUCGGUUUCGUCAUCGUCACAUUCCAGGAGCAAGGAGAGCAAGAGUAUAAGAACUGUGAACUGGACAAGAAUCAGCGUCAGUGUGUGGAAUAUGCCUUGAAGGCCCGCCCAUUGCGCCGCUACAUCCCUAAGAACCCCUACCAGUACAAGGUGUGGUAUGUGGUCAACUCCACCUACUUUGAGUACCUGAUGUUCACACUCAUCCUCCUCAACACCAUCUGUCUGGCCAUGCAGCAUCAUGGGCAGACCAAAAAUUUCAAUGACGCCAUGAACAUCCUCAACAUGCUCUUCACUGGACUCUUCACUGUGGAGAUGAUCCUGAAACUGAUUGCCUUCAAACCAAGGGGGUACUUUAGUGAUCCCUGGAAUGUGUUUGAUUUCCUCAUCGUAAUUGGCAGCAUAAUAGACGUCAUUCUCAGUGAGAUCAACGGACUGCAGAACUCUGAAGAGAACGCCAGGAUCUCCAUCACCUUCUUCCGGCUGUUCCGCGUGAUGAGGCUGGUGAAGCUGCUGUCUCGCGGGGAAGGGAUUCGGACCCUGCUGUGGACCUUCAUCAAAUCCUUCCAAGCUCUGCCAUACGUAGCUCUGCUUAUAGUGAUGCUAUUCUUCAUAUACGCUGUCAUCGGCAUGCAGAUGUUUGGUAAGAUAGCGCUGCGGGACCACACGCAGAUCAACAGGAACAACAAUUUCCAGACGUUCCCUCAGGCAGUGUUGCUGCUGUUCAGAUGUGCAACUGGUGAGGCGUGGCAGGAGAUCAUGCUGGCGUGCUCGCCCAAUCGGCCAUGUGAGAAGGGAUCGACCAAUGAGAACAGCUCGCCACACGAGGACUGUGGCAGCCAGUUUGCCAUCAUUUACUUUGUCAGCUUCUACAUGCUCUGUGCCUUCCUGAUCAUCAACCUGUUUGUGGCUGUCAUCAUGGACAACUUUGACUACCUGACGCGUGACUGGUCGAUCCUGGGGCCGCAUCAUCUUGACGAGUUCAAGAGGAUCUGGGCUGAAUAUGACCCAGAAGCCAAGGGGAGGAUAAAGCAUCUUGAUGUGGUGACUCUGCUCCGGAGAAUCCAGCCCCCCCUCGGCUUUGGAAAGCUUUGUCCCCACAGAGUGGCCUGCAAGCGUCUAGUGUCAAUGAACAUGCCUCUGAACAGCGAUGGAACAGUAAUGUUCAACGCCACACUGUUUGCCCUGGUCAGAACCGCACUCAGGAUUAAGACGGAUGGUAACCUGGAGCAGGCCAAUGAGGAACUGAGGGCAAUAGUGAAGAAGAUCUGGAAGAGAACCAGCAUGAAGCUCUUAGAUCAAGUAGUGCCCCCUGCUGGUGACGAUGAGGUAACAGUCGGGAAGUUCUACGCAACCUUCCUCAUCCAGGAAUAUUUCCGCAAGUUUAAGAAGAGGAAAGAACAAGGGCUGGUGGCCAAGGUGCCUCCGAAAACUGCCCUCUCUCUGCAGGCGGGCCUGCGGACGUUGCACGAUAUUGGUCCAGAGAUUCGGAGGGCCAUCUCUGGAGACCUGACUGUGGAGGAGGAGAUGGAUAAAGGCCUGAAGGAGCCUGUGUCGGCUGCAUCUGAGGACGAUAUCUUCAGGCGAACAGGUGGAUUGUUCGGCAACCACGUCAACUACUACAACCAGAGUGAUGGCCGUGUGUCCUUCCCACAGUCCUUCACUACCCAGCGUCCCUUGCACAUCAGCCAGAAGGGCUCACCUUGUGAAGGUGAGAGCCCGUCCCAUGAGAAGCUCAUGGACUCGACCACUUUCACUCCGUCCUCUUACUCCUCAUCAGGCUCAAACGCCAACAUCAACAACGCCAACAACACCGGCAUGGUCGGAGUUCCAACCCAGGGCGUCAGUCGAUUCCCGAGCCCGACUAUAAGCACUGUGGACGGACACACAGGACAGCCGCUCACCCCCAUCCUGCUGCCAAGAUCUGCGUGGUGCUUUCCUCCAAAGAGCUCGGACUCAAGUGACAGCCGUCUGCCAAUCAUACGGAGAGGGGAGGAUUCCACGGAGGAGACGUAUGAUGAGAGCUACGUGGACGACAUGGAGUACCACGAGGAUGACCACUCGCUCUCUUCUGACAUGCUCGUGUAUCAUGAUGAAACAUGUAAGCAGUUGACUCCCAUGGAGGAAGGAGAGGAGGUAGAGGACAGAAGAGGAGGAGGAGGGUGGCAGUCUCCCAGGAGAGUCUUCCUCUGCCCCACUUCACUGGGGCGGAGAUCGUCCUUCCAUCUGGAGUGUCUCAGGAGACAGUCAAGGCCAGACGUCUCCCAGAAGACAGCUGUGCCCUUACACCUCGUACAUCAUCAGGCGCUGGCAGUGGCAGGGUUGAGUCCUCUGUUAAGAAGGAGUCACUCACCCACCCUCUUCAGCCGGCUGUGCUCCACGCCUCCAGCCAGUCCCACAGCCCAUGGCAGUGAUGCCUCCUACCAGCGAGUGCCCUCUCUGAGGCUAGAAGGCUCAAACUCCCAUGAAAAGCUCAAUACCAGCUUACCCUCUGUCAACUGUGGGCCCUGGUACAGUGACAGUAAUGGGAACAGCCGAGGGCCGAGUCCCAGUCUCACCCCCAGCGGCUCAGUGUCCUAUCAAAGAGCGCCACGGCCGGUGUCGCUCACAGUGCCCUCGCUACUGGGAAAAGACUACAGCUCACUGUCUCAUGGCAGCGCAGGCAGUCUGGUGGAGGCGGUGCUAAUAUCAGAGGGUUUGGGUCAUUUCGCUCAGGACCCGUCAUUCAUCGAGGCAACCAAAGCCGAGUUGGCUGAUGCCUGUGACAUGACCAUUGAGGAGAUGGAGCACGCCGCCAACAACAUUCUCAACGGCAACAACACCACCACCACAACCACCACCACCACCACGAACGUCACGUCCAGCACCUCCUCUAACUCCCAGAACAGCCCCAAUGGCAACCUCCUCCCCUUCCACACAGAAGCAGCAUCAAUGCACAGGGACCGAGUGGACAGCUUGAGUCCCAGCGAGGGCGGGGGAGAGGCAGGAGGGAGCAGAAGCUCCGUCCAUGAGCCGUCCUCUAUGGAGGAGCGGCAGGAGCUGCUAGCAGGGGGGAGAGGACAGGAGGAGGAGGAG